AUGAAUCCGACACCCUACCAGCCAGAAACUAACAACCCGAUGCUGUCCGCUAUUAGCCCUGCCCCUGCGGACGGGGCAGUGGACAGCAUCCCCAAACCCACCAACGAACCGGUCUCUACGGAGGCCAGCAAGAACAACAACCAACGCCGGAGCGCCUCGCCAUCGCCGGGACGCCCCGAAAUCAAAACGACCGCCAUCGCCGUCCAAUGGAACCUGCGCGGCCUUGCCGUCAGAUCCAGCGAACUGCAACAACUUCUCGAAGAGCACCAACCAGUGGUAGUUGCUCUCCAGGAGAUAAAAACAAAAAAGAAAAAGGACACCGACAAGCUCAACAGGGAACGAUACGACUGGCGUUUCUGCUUUAAGCCCAGCGACGGGUACUCGAGCGGAGCCGCACUCGGUAUCGACAAGACAGUGCCGCACAGUUUCCUCGACGUACGGGGACCACUACAAGUCGUCGCCGCUCGGGUGGAGUGGCCGAUCGCAGCAACCUUCGCCUCCAUCUACAUUUGUAGAGAGGACGGGAGAGCGGAAAUCGAGGACAAACUGGACAAACUCAUCCCUCAGCUACCGGCACCGGUAGUCGUGCUCGGUGACUUCAACGCGCACAGCCCCCUGUGGGGCGGCAGCAACUUAGACCAACGCGGAAAGGCGAUUGAACAAAUUUUAGGCAAAUAUAAUUUAAUUACCCUCAACGACGGAAGGCACACGAGGGUCGACCCGCGGGACGGCCGUUCUUCGGCCAUUGAUCUAAGCGUCGUGUCGGACACGAUCGCACCCGAGCUGGUUUGGUCUGUGGACGUCGACACGAGGGAGAGCGAACACUACCCGCUCUUCGUACACAGCGUCGACCACACGCGAGCCAAGAGAACGCGAAGACCAAGAUGGCAGUACGAGAAGGCAGACUGGACAAAAUUCGCUGACGAGGUCAGCAGAUCGAACGCAGAGAACGCCGAACAGAUCGAAAAGGCGAUCGUCACAGCUGCCGAAGCCAGCAUUCCACAAACCUCGUCCAAGGUGGGGCGCAAAGCGGUCCAUUGGUGGAGCAAGGCAGUGGAAGAGGCUGUCAAGGACCGGCGGAAGAAGCUCCGUCGUCUUCGGAAGAUGGACGACAACCACCCGAACAAGGCCCAAGCACUGGUGGCUUUUAAAGAAGCCAGAAACGCAGCACGUAAGACCAUCGCGAAAGCUCGAACCGACAGCUGGACGAACUUCGUCACAGGCAUUUCCCCUAGCAGCAACACGACCGAGAUCUGGCGCCGAGUCAAUGCGUUCCGCAACGGUCCGAAGGUCAGCAUCCACCAGUUGGUGAUCGACGGAAAGUUGGUGGACGAACCGGAGGAGGUCGCCGAGACCCUGGCGGACUACUUCGCCAAGGUAUCCGCUGCCAAAGCCCCCACCUAUCAACGAGCAGUCCCAGAUCAACCGACGCCGACGUUCGAAGGAGGCGACGAAGAACAAUACAACCAGGACUUCGGCAUGGAGGAACUGGACUGGGCCAUCCGAAAGUCGAAAGGGCUGUCAGCCGGAGUAGACAACAUCGGAUACCCCAUGAUCCAGAACCUCCCACACAGUUCGAAGGCCCAACUGCUGGAGGUAUAUAACCGAACGUACCAAUCCCGAAAGCCGGAAAGGACUAUCAAACCGUCGGGAACCAGAGGCCGAUCACGCUCGUGA